AUGAGCGUGGCGGGGGUCGCGGGCGGGCCUCGGCCUUCCAACGCCCCGGUCCUGAGCUCCCGGUCUUCGGCCCGUCCUCGCCAGCGCCCCCCCGCGGCCCCCACGGGUGUUGUCACGGGGCAGCACGGCUGGCAGCCUGGCACCAGCAGCGAGGCACGGAAGCGGGUCGUGGACCUGGAGAAGAGCCUGCAGUUCCUGCAGCAGCAGCAUUCGGAGACGCUGGUCAAGCUCCACGAAGAGAUCGAACACCUGAAGCGGGAGAACAAGGAUCUCCAUUACAAGCUAAUAAUGAAUCUGAAGCCAUCGAAGAAAGGCAGCCUCUCCAGCUCCAGCAUCCAUUCCGUCAAGUCCUUUUCAAACUCCACAGUAUCAGUCAACGCUCAAGGCAAGGCCAGGCUCCAGCCCAGCUCCACCAAGAAGCAAGACUUGAAAAGUGACGCUUGCCAGAAGAUGGACCAAGAUGAGGAGUCCCUGAUUGCUACCCUACUUCAUAAGCUGGACAAAGCCUCUGGGGUCCAGGGGCAGGCCAAAGAGGAGGAAGCAGAGGCCUUGAAACCAGGGGCCACCUCCGGGCUUGGCAACCUGCACAAGGGCAAGCCCCCACAGCUGAGCCUGCCCUCGCAGAUGCGCAAGCCCACCACGCUGCACCAGUGCGAGGUGGUCAUCCGCCAGCUAUGGAACACCAACCUCCUGCAGGCCCAAGAGCUGCAGCACCUCAAGUCCCUCCUGGAAGGGAACCAGAAGCUCAAAGCUGCCUCUGAGGAGGCUGGGCUGAGUCCUCCCAAGGACCAGGAGGCCCUUCAUCCAGGGACCAUGCAGUUCCCCAAGGUCCACACCAAGGGCAUUGCUAAGAAAUGCUUGAUCCUGAGCCCCACGCCCAUGGCGGAACGUGCCAUCCUGCCUGCACUGCGGCAGACCCUCAAAAGUAACUUUGCGGAGCGGCAGAAAAGGUUGCAGGUGGUGCAGAGCCGGCGGCUCCACCGCUCGGUGCUCUAGGUGCCGCCCAGUCCCACCUCACCGCUGCUCCGCAGCCAAGCCCCCCACAUGCAGGCGGACGCUCACCCUCGGCAUUCCUAAAGGAUCUGAAGACCCAUCAGUGGGCCCGAGUCUAGAUA